AAAUGCGGGCGGUGACCCAGCUCAGAGUGUCUUCGGCUUCUUUGGCGUUCGCUGAGUCGCUGUUGCUGCUGAAUCGCUGCGAUGUCCGGGCGCGGGAAGCAGGGCGGGAAGGCGCGCGCCAAGGCCAAGUCGCGCUCGUCGCGGGCCGGGCUGCAGUUCCCCGUGGGCCGCGUGCACCGGCUGCUGCGCAAGGGCAACUACGCGGAGCGCGUGGGCGCCGGCGCCCCGGUGUACCUGGCGGCCGUGCUGGAGUACCUGACGGCCGAGAUCCUGGAGCUGGCGGGCAACGCGGCCCGCGACAACAAGAAGACGCGCAUCAUCCCCCGCCACCUGCAGCUCGCCAUCCGCAACGACGAGGAGCUCAACAAGCUGCUGGGCAAGGUGACGAUCGCGCAGGGCGGCGUGCUGCCCAACAUCCAGGCCGUGCUGCUGCCCAAGAAGACCGACAGCCACAAGGCUAAAGCCAAGUAAAUGCUUUGUGAGGCUAAUCAACCCAAAGGCUCUUUUCAGAGCCACCCACUUUUUCAUAAAGAGUUGAGUCACUGCAGUUAUUAUAUAGGAAGAACACAACUACGUAAGUUGGCUUUGUGCUGUUUUUCAUUUCAGUCUUGCUUUCCUGUUCGUGUGGGUUAAUAUUCCUAUGCUAGUUUCUUUUGUUCUCAAAAGAAUCUUGCCGAGAAUGGUUUUCGUUAUUGAUGUCUUUUUAGAAUUUCUUAAUUGACUUAUGUAUUGACAUUUUCAAUGGGUUAAUCUUAUUAAACAAGGAUUUUAGAAUGCGUAAAUACCACGUCCUGCCCAGCCGGCUCUGACUUUGCUCUAAGUGUUAUGUUCAAGUACGUAUUAGCGGACAGUAUUGAAGUCUUAUUAGCAACCUGGAUUGUUUCCUUUAAGAGUACAAUAAAGGAGCUAAUCACUGUU